AUGUUCACCAAUCAGGCAACACCAGUCGAUGUGUAUCGUCAAAUGAACAGGCCAGAUCUGCCCGGGAGCUAUAGACAGGGUACUACUACGACCGCGCUGAUGGAGCGUCCUACGGAGAAAGAAGACAUGGGCACUGAGGAGAACCGGGUCUCCAGACCUUCGAGUAGAGACCAGUCAUCGAGACGCAUCGCAUGUGACAUCUGUAGAGGCCGCAAGGUCCGCUGCGAUCGAGUCCAUCCAGUAUGUGGCCGGUGUCGAAAACUGGGACACAAAUGCGGAUACACGGCGCACCGCAAGCCUGACACAGUCAAACCCAAUAUAUCACAGGCUUUAAUAUCCCUGCAUGAACGAUUAGCUCAGACGGAAGCCCAGUUGGCCUUAACGCAGCGGGCUAUUCCGCACAUCAGCCCGUCCAGCAACCUUGCCAGGAGAGCAACGGACAGCCAACUCCGCAUGUCAAUCGACCACACGGAGCCUCAUUUACCAUCAGGAAUGGUUUCACCACGAGAAUUGAAUAACCAAUAUGAACCCUUCAAGAGCUUUGACGCCCAGCAGUCGUUAAUCGACUGGGAAUUGGAUCUGUGGCACCAACCAAAUUUCGACUUUGAUAGCAUCAUAGCCCCAACUGAAGGCUUUGACUAUACUUUUGACAUGCUGGAUAACGUUUCGUUUCCUUCGGUUGUUCCGUCAGUAAGCACUGAUUAUACGACCGGCGAUGUUGAGCCGGCGCCUGAGAAUAUGAACUUACAUGUUUUUCAUCUAUCGUUCUUCAACUAUGUCCAUGCUGUAUUGCCAAUGGUAAACCGUCAUCGGUUCUUCAAUGAGCUUGAGGUGUCCGGUCAUCGGCCGGAGAUGAAGAGCCUUAGCUACUCCAUUGCCUUGCUUGGUAGCACAGUCACCCCUGAGCAGGUAGAAGCUGAGAGGAAUUUCUAUCAUCAUGCCAGAAAAUACUUCAGCAUAGCCGAGAGUGACGACGAAGCGCCAGGCUUCAAUUCGCUCAAUAUGCUGCAGGCAGUCAUCCUCAUCGCAUAUUACGAGUUCCGAAGGACUUCCUUUGCUCGUGCAUGGUUGAGUCUCGGUCGAGCAAAUCGUCUAGCAAAGAUGCUUGGACUUCACGCGAUGGAUCAAGAUUCCAAGACCAAGCGUAGGUCGAACUUUGUCCUCCCCCUACCGGAACCAGCAGGACUGGCCGAUAUGGAAGAACGAAGACGAUCGUUCUGGGUCCUAUUCACAUUUGACGCCUAUGCCAGUAUCCGUACGGGAUCCAAAACGAGUAUCGACGACGAAGAGAUUUCUACAUCCCUUCCAUGUCCCGGCGACUUUUCCGAUACCAACCUUGGAAUAAAAAUGCCUCCACUUAGCAAAGCAGUGCAUAUACUCGACCGGACAUUACUUUCUUCUUUCUCAGGAAUCAUCCUUAUGGCAUACUUGUAUCGCCGGUGCCACAACCACUUUAUCGCCUCACAAAAACAAGAUUCGACGGGCGACAUGAACUAUAGUUUCUGGCAAUACCAUUAUCAGAUCGACAAGGACUUGAGCUUUUACAGCACAGAGCUGCUGAACCAUCUCCAACCCAUUAAUCACAUAGGCGACCCGUUAGCACUAAGCCUACAUGCGAACUUAUACGCUAUACAAAUCACCUUACACGAACACGCCGUUAGAAAGAUACAAAAUGACGGCCUUCCGGAUCUCUUGAGGGUAGAAAGCCAGAAUCGUUGUACCAGCAUCGCGAUCCAAGUCGCGGCAUAUGCUAAGAUUAUAUCACAACUACAAAAUUCUAAGUGGAUCUCAAACACUUUUAUGAUGUGGCCGUUCUCCGUUGCCUCGCAAGCGUUACUCCGUCAAUUGAAUGAACCUACAACCAACGUCAGGGAAGUUGCGACGCUACUGCACCAAUUGUGGUGCAUCAUGCAGCAAUUGAAGGAUGAGUCUGGAAAUUGGGAUAGUUUGAUGGAGACUAUUGCGCAAGAAUUAUCUCAUUUGGGGAUCCUGGUUGCGAGUGAUCCACCAGUAUUAAACGAUGGACUCGGUAUGGACACUGAUUGA